AACAGAGCAUACCAAAACUUAAUUCUUAGGUGAUUUUUUUUAGAAUUCACUUGGGGUACUGGCUUUUCCUCCUACAUGUCCCUACGGGUUGUAUCGAAUCUGCGUCCGAGGCUCCACGCUCACCUUGACUUCAGUGCCCCUACGUGUUCUCGGCUCUCCCGCGGCGCGGCGCCCUCUUUUAUACUGACCCUCGGAUCUCGGACUCUUCGGGCACCGCAGCCCCUCAGCCCGGGGCCGGCGUCGGAUGCCAGAGCCUGUGGCUAAGUAAGAAAUCCAGCCUCCCUGAAGACAUUCAAGCAAAAGGCGGGGCAGUUGCUUUUCCAGAGCAGAAAGGAAACUCAUGCAUCAGAAAAGGUUGACCUCUGAAUCUUUCUGGAAGGGAGUCACGGUGAUUAAUAAACACAUUGAAAGAAUAUGGCUGCACAGAUACCAGAAUCCGAUCAGAUAAAACAGUUUAAGGAGUUCCUGGGAACCUACAAUAAGCUUACAGAGACCUGCUUUUUGGACUGUGUUAAAGACUUCACAACAAGAGAGGUGAAGCCCGAAGAGGUUACCUGUUCAGAACAUUGCUUACAGAAAUAUUUAAAAAUGACACAGAGAAUAUCCAUGAGAUUUCAGGAAUAUCAUAUCCAGCAGAAUGAAGCCCUGGCAGCGAAGGCAGGACUCCUGGGCCAGCCCCGGUAGAAGCGUGGAGACACAGACUUGCACUGGAAUGCCGCAGCUGGUGCGCUGGCCAUGCGGGUUCACCUGGUGGAACCCUGCAGCAGCCCAGCAGGAGUGGAGGGGAGCCAACUGUCUAACUGCCUGACCAAUGGGAACCCCUGGACAAACAAAUCACCCUUCACCAGAAAGAAGCGGAGCAGAAGGCCUUCCGGUUGUGAGAGUGGUAAGAGGCGACAUUGUUGAGGCCUUAAGAUUCAGCUGCGUGGUCACCUUGAUUACAAAAAUAAACCAUUGUUCCUUUCUUUGUGACUGUUAAUUUUAAAAGCAAAAUAUGUGUCCAAUCAUGUAUGAGAUAGAAAAAAUUUAUUACUAAAAGUAAAAUAAAUGAAAGUAUCACUGA